CACAGAUCCUGAUGCUGGAAACCUAAAAAGUACUUCCUUCGCUUUCUGAUAUAUCUUGGUUGCGGACGGCCCGGGGCUUUAUAGCUACCUAAGCCGAUUCAGAACCGGCUCAAGAAACCGCGGAAUAUCGGCUCAGACCCUGCCAUGGCGACUCGGCUACAGCUUCUGGACCGAAGCAGGCUGGUCGUGCUGUGCAUUUUCCUGGGGACGCUGCGGGAGUUCGGGGCAGGGCAGAUCCGAUACUUGGUGCCCGAAGAGACCGACAAAGGCUCCUUUGUGGGUAACGUAGCCAAAGACCUGGGGUUGGAGCCCCGGGAGCUAACGGAGCGCGGAGUCCGCAUCGUCUCUAGAGGGAAGACACAGCUUUUCGCUCUGAAUCCGCGAGGCGGCAGCUUGGUCACUGCGGGUAGGAUAGACCGGGAGGAGCUCUGUGAGACGGUGUCCUCCUGUGUUUUAAAUAUGGACAUUCUUGUGGCAGACACCUUGAAGAUUUACGGAGUGGAGGUGGAAAUAAUGGAUAUUAAUGAUAACGCUCCCAGCUUCCAGGAAAAGGAAGUAGAGGUAACAGUUAGUGAACAGGCAACUCCUGGGUCGCGAUUUCCCCUUCCUAGCGCUAGGGACCCAGAUGUGGGAGUGAACUCCCUCCAGAGCUACCAGCUCAGCCCUAAUAGUUACUUUUCCUUGCAAGUGCGAGGCGGAACUGAUGGGGCCAAGAAUCCCGAGCUAGUGCUGGAGGGAAGCCUGGACCGAGAGAAAGAGGCUGCUCACCUCCUCCUCCUCACAGCUUUAGAUGGAGGAGAACCCAUCCGCAAGGGCUCUGUUCCCAUUCGCGUGGUGGUCCUCGAUGUAAAUGACCACAUCCCAAAGUUCACUCAGUCUGCAUAUCGCGUGAGUGUUCCAGAAAACCUCAGCUCUGGAACUCGGGUGCUGGUGGUAAAUGCAACGGACCCAGACGAGGGAAUCAAUGGGGAAGUGAUGUAUUCAUUUCGGAAUAUGGAAAGCAAAGCUUCUGAAAUAUUCGAGUUGGAUUCCCGAACUGGAGAAGUUCUGGUACAGGGGUCUCUGGAUUUUGAAAAAUAUAGAUUCUAUGAGAUGGAAAUUCAAGGCCGAGAUGGCGGUGGUCUUUUGAACACCGCUAAGAUUUUGGUCACAGUUGUAGAUGUGAAUGAUAAUGCUCCGGAAAUCACUAUCACCUCUUCUAUUGAUUCAAUUCCAGAAAACUCUCCUCCAGGUACAGUGAUUGCUCUUCUAAAUGUGCAAGAUCAAGAUUCUGGAGAAAAUGGUCAGGUCUCCUGUUUUAUUCCUAACCAUUUACCUUUUAAAUUAGAAAAGACUUAUGGAAAUUAUUACAAGUUGAUAACAAACAGAGUGCUGGACAGGGAGCUGGUCCAGAGCUACAAUAUAACGUUGACAGCCACAGACCAGGGAAGUCCGCCCUUGUCUACAGAAAUUCACAUCUCUUUGAAUGUGGCAGAUGACAAUGAUAACCCUCCCAUUUUCACUCACUCCUCUUACUCCGCCUACAUUCCCGAAAACAACCCCAGAGGUGCCUCCAUCUUCUCCAUGACUGCCUUGGACCCAGACAGCAAAGAGAAUGCCCAGGUCACGUACUUUCUAACAGAGGACACCCUCCAAGGGGCACCUCUCUCCUCCUAUGUCUCUAUUAACUCCGACACCGGUGUCCUGUAUGCUCUGCGAUCCUUUGACUAUGAGCAGUUUCACAACCUACAAUUGACAGUGACAGCAAGUGACAGUGGAGAUCCACCCCUCAGCAGUAACGUGUCACUGAGCCUGUUCGUGCUGGACCAGAACGACAAUGUGCCCGAGAUCCUAUACCCCGUCCUCCCCACUGAUGGCUCCACCGGUGUGGAGCUGGCACCCCGCUCUGCAGAGCCUGGCUAUCUGGUGACCAAGGUGGUGGCAGUGGACAGAGACUCAGGCCAGAACGCCUGGCUGUCCUACCACCUGCUCAAGGCCAGUGAGCCUGGGCUCUUCUCGGUGGGGCUGCACACAGGCGAGGUGCGCACGGCGCGGGCCUUGUUGGACAGAGACGCACUCAAGCAGAGCCUCGUGGUGGCCGUCCAGGACCAUGGCCAGCCCCCUCUCUCGGCCACCGUCACGCUCACUGUGGCUGUGGCCGACAACAUCCCAGACAUCCUGGCCGAUCUCGACACCCUGGAGUCUCCCGCCAAUCCAGACGACUCAGGCCUCACGCUAUACCUAGUCGUGGCUGUCGCAGCGGUCUCCUGUGUCUUUCUGGCCUUUGUCAUCGUGCUGCUGGCUUUCAGGCUGCAUCGCUGGCACAAAUCACGCCUGCUGCAGGCUUCCGGAGGCGUGCUGGCAGGCGUGCCCACCUCACACCUUGUGGGCGUGGACGGGGUUCGGGCCUUCCUGCAGACCUAUACUCAGGAGGUCUCCCUCACCACGGACUCGCGGAAGAGUCAUCUGAUCUUCCCCCAGCCCAACUAUGCGGACACGCUCAUCAGCCAGGAAAGCUAUGAGAAAAGGGAGCCACUCUUGAUAGCUGAAGACUCAGCUACUGUUUUAGGCAAAGGUGACUCAACAAGUAAUCAGGUGAGAUUUAUUUCUCUAACUCCCCAGUCGUUGGCUUCUUGCACAAGUCUUGUAAGUGGCUUUUUUUUUUUGAGCCUGUUUGAGGAGUCACACAAGCAAGUCAGAAAGAAGAGUGGCCCGGACCCAGGCUUUCUGCUCGGCAAAUCUGAUUCUGUACGGAUCCGGACGCCCUCAAACCGGGAGCAUUGUGUCUUCUGCGCGUGA